AUGACCAUGAACCGCGCCACCGAGCCAAGAGACCGUUACAAUUUCCGCAAGGCCCUUGCACUCAUAGAAAGGGAUAUCAAACUGCUCAAAGACACAGACACCCAUGUCCUUGAUCAGAGUCUAAUGAAGCGGUACAAAAUCCGAGCCUUGCCGCUGAGCCUCAAUGCUCAAGACGCUCGCGCGCCCAAGUUUUUCACCCCUUUCGUACCAGAAAGCAUACCGGAGCCUACGGCAGAGUAUGUCGACCACGAGUACAACACUUCUUCUACGCUGUCACCAAGUGAAUGGGGAUGGUCCAUCUAUCUUUAUCUUGACGCGGUUGGAGAUUAUGAUUUCGGAGACCUCUAUCGAACUUUUGAUCCUAAAUUCGGAUCGCUGGCAAUCUGGCACGUAUUAGGAUCCUCGAGGCCGCAUAUUAAGUGCAUCAUGCACAACAACCUCGACUCUGAUGACAGCUACCUUCUCCGUGGGGAGGUGUUGACCGUUAUCCGCAUUAUGCUUGGUCAAUUAAAGCAGAAGAUUUUUGUAAAUGAUAUGAUUGCACCGGUUCUAUUGUUCUCGUUGAACCGACGGCAUCCACGCGUCAUUGAAGCAUACUUUGAUGGACAGGAGUUGGUAAUACGCCGCACCGAACCCUAUGAUUUUCAGUUCUUGAAUACAGUCGGGUUCAAGACAUUUGCGCAAUGGUUUCUUGGUAAUCCCAUUGGUGAUACAUCGAAACGGGCAGUCCGGACUUAAUGAGCUGAUCGGGAGA